UCCCGCGUCGUUCCGCUCGUGCGUGGAGCGGUUCUCCAAAAGUUCUGUCGCGCGCGUUUAUCGGCGCGCGACACCUUCGGACGACGCGCCGUUCUCGACACCGGCGUUAUCGCGACGGCCGUUAUCGCGUCGGCGAGGUGCCUCCGUCGAUCGAUCGUAACCCCCGUCGGUUAUCGGCAUCUCCUCGCCUUUACUCGCGCCCGAGUACUCCCGCGCGGCGUCCUCGGCAUUCCGUCGCUCGUAGGUGGCCGAGAAACGACGUUCGCCGCACCUGGAGGCCCGUGGAGCUGCACCGCGCUGCACCUCCGUAGUGCGUCCUGCCUCGUCCCUUCCUUUCUCUCUCUUCAAUGCGCGCUCGCCGCGUGUCCUGAGGUGCAGAAGGUGCGAGCGAAUCGUGAAAUCGCUGAAAGAGGGAGAGAGAGAGAGAGAGAGAGAGAAAGAGAGAGAGAGAGAGAGAGAAAGACAUCGAGAUCGGCUCAUCGGACGAUCCCACCUGAUCUCUGGUGGUCAUCCCCAGGUCUCCUCGCAUCCUACGAUCCCGACGGACGUCGUCUCCACUCGAGACUGAAUUCACCGAAGCCUUCCCCUCCCGCCUCUCCUCGGACACGAUGGACAUCGACGCGGAGACCUGUCUCAAGGACUGGAACGACCUGGCGCAGGACUUCAAGGAACUCGAGGCUCUAAAUAGGGAAUAUCUUGUGAAAUUAGAAGAAAUUGGUGAGCUGCAAGCAAAAUGUGUCAAAGGUAUCUCCCAUCAAAAAUACCGGAUGGGUGUAAUAUCCAAGUCCAUGAAACAAUUGAAUACAAAAGAAGCACGGGAAGAAUUGGAAAAAUCUAUGACGAGGAGAGAUCAGCAGCUCAGAGAGAUUGAGCAAACGUUACCUAAGCCAAAUGGCGUUUACUUACAAAUUAUUCUGGGCAAUGUCAAUGUCUCCAUAUUAAAUAAAAACGACAAAUUCAAGUACAAAGACGAAUAUGAGAAAUUCAAAUUAGUGCUGUCAGUAAUUGGAUUCGUACUGUCCGUAUUAAAUUUAUUUACAAAUAUAAGGACCUUAGAACUUAGUUUUAUGUUUCUCCUUGUUUGGUACUAUUGCACGUUAACGAUAAGAGAAAGUAUACUCAAGGUGAAUGGAUCGAGAAUUAAAGGCUGGUGGAGAUUCCAUCAUUUCCUCUCGACAGUGGUAUCCGCUGUUCUACUAGUCUGGCCAAACGCAGGACCGUGGUACCAGUUUCGUAGCCAGUUCAUGUGGUUCAACGUGUAUAUCAGUGUAGUCCAGUACUUGCAAUUUCGGUACCAACGCGGCGUUUUGUAUCGGUUAAAAGCGCUAGGCGAGAGAGACAACAUGGACAUCACCAUCGAGGGAUUCCAUUCGUGGAUGUGGCGCGGUCUCUCGUUUCUGCUGCCGUUCCUCUUCGCCGGCUAUAUUUUUCAGCUUUAUAACGCGUACACGCUGUACGAAUUAUCGUACCGUGCGGAUGCGACGUGGCACGUAUCAGUGCUCAGCGCCAUGUUUCUCGUGCUAUUUCUGGGUAAUAGCAUCACCACCAUCAUGGUGAUCCCGCAGAAACUCGUCAAGGAACGCAUCAGAGAUCAUCUGUUCGCGUCUAAGCCCGAUCGCGGGAAGGAGGCAAGGACACGCGAUAAGGACAAUAAAGGUGAAAAAAAGAGUGAGUGAAGAAAGAACUCUUUGAAUACUUCCGGCUGGUGAAAAGCUCAACUCAGUUGACUUGGAAGAUAAAUUGGGGGAAAAACAAAUUUGCAAAGAUAAAAUGACUACGCUAUAAAGUGGUGUUGGUGCUGGCUCUAAAACAUAACGAACAGUACUUUGUUGCGUUGAGCAAAGGUGAAUUAAUAACACAUAUACACAUACAUAUACACGACGUGAGCGACUUUGAUCAUAGAUGGAAAAGUUCCCGCGUAUUUUUAUUUACUUUACUCUUGGAUAAAGUCCAUUCUCAAGUGUUCUCGAGAAUAUUCUUUGUACUCUUCAACCGUCCUGAAAUAAACUUGCCUAAUUUCAUCAAUAGAUUUCUCAAUAAAUUUUAACCGAUUUUUUUAAAGGAGAAAAUACCCAUAAAGAUAUUCGUCUUCUGUUUUAUUUUUCAAAAUUAAGAAUCUUCUUUCUAGGCAGAAAUUAUGUUUGAUCUGUUUGAAAUCAAUUGAAUAUUACCACUUAACUUUUUGCCUUAUUUUAUUCUUGUGAAAAACAUUCCUUCAUUUUAAAUUCCUAAUUAAACGUGAUUAUUUGUUUCGAUAUAAUUUAAAUGUUUGGAUUGAAGAAAGUCAAUUUAAGAUUACUCAAAGAGUCACAUCACAAUAUGUUCUGUUUCAUUCCGCAUCCUGCAUAUGAUACUCGUUUGAAUUAUAUCAAGCAUACGCAUUUAUUUUUUUUUUACUCAGCUAACACUCGAUAUUAUGGUUCGAUCAUGACGCGCAAAUAUUGUCGCAAAUAAACAGCGUUCGAUAAGAGGUCAGCUAAUCUAUUUGCGGGAGAUUUAUAUGUAUGUAUAUAUAUGUGCAGGCAGGCAAACACACACACACACACACACACACACACGUACAAAAUGCAUAUGUACAGACUGUUUCUUAAAAUUUACUAGUGAAAUUAAAUAAAAUUACUUUCAAAAAUACUCUGCACACAUACACUUCUACAUUACGUAGUGAAUGCAGAUAUACAUAAAUAUACAUACUUACAUAAUAUAAAUAAAUGCAUAUGCGAUAUCCUGUUUAUUUCACACGAGAUAUCGCACAAAAUGCACCGGAGACGAAUGUAUAAUAUAAAAAUUAUAUAUAAGAUUACAUAUUUUGCUCCAAAUGUAUUUAUUGAAAUGUAUUUACUCAUGUGUAAAUAAAAACGUGCCGAGCCGCCUAAUCCUACACUGAGAA